AUGUCUGCAGAGAAUAAAUCGGCACUAACUCUGCUCUCUUUUUUGCUUCCUUUUUUACUUUUUCUUACCGUUUUGAACGAACUUCGAGAUUUACAAAAGAGUCUUCGAGAAAACCUACGCAACUCCACUUUUGCUAAUGGAUACGGCGAUUUAUCAUCAACCAGUUUCGCUGAGAGUCCGUUGAGCAGUGGACUGAAAGCGUUAGGCGAUGCGAUUCAAUUAGUCGAAUCAACACUUGUCCUUCAUCCAAAUAAGUUAAGCGAAAUUCGAGCGGAACAAAUAGGAAAAUGCUCGAAACUUCUAUGUUGUUCGUACGAUAGUAAAGAGGAGCCAGCAAAUGUCUCCACCACCUCCUUCUACCAACGCAUAUCCACCCCGAGAUCUAAGGAUACCUUGGAUGUUGGCUCGCUCGAUUUCCUCCUCACCCUGAUUCCCAAUAAACCUCCUCAUAGCGAAUUAUUGCAAUUAGUUGAGAGUAUGUCACCUAUGGACUCGCCUGAACAGCGAUUAGACUCUUUCCUGAAGGCAGCCGCUAUAAUCACGACGAUAUUAUACGAGUGA